AUGGCCGACUCAACCAAUCUGGACCCCGCAGCCGUCGCUGACUUCCACGACACCCUCAAAAAGUCAAAGCGCAUUAUCGCCGUCAUUGGGGCUGGCCUGUCAGCAUCCUCAGGAUUGGCCGUCUUUCGAGGAACCAGCGGAUUAUGGAAAAGCCAGGACGUGACACAGGUCGCCUCGCCAGCUGGCUUCCGUCAUGACCCCGGCCUCGUUUGGCAAUUCUAUUCAUAUCGUCGACAGGAAGCUCUUGGUGCAAAGCCAAACCCAGCUCAUUACGCCCUAGCUGAGCUCGCUCGUCAAGUCCCGGGCUUUGUUGCCCUGACGCAGAAUGUCGACAACCUCAGUCCCCGUGCUGGGCAUCCCCCCGGUCAGAUGAAGGAACUCCAUGGCAACCUGUUUACCUUGUCAUGCAUCGACAAGAUUGGAUGUGGGUAUGUAGAGCGUGACAACUUUGAAGAGUGUCUUACACCCGCUCUCGACCCUUCCAAGGAUGAGAAAGAGACAAUGGGGAGCAUUGAUCCCGAUAAUAAGCCAAGAGCAAGCCCACUUCUACUGGCAGGCAUCGCUCGGAAGCACGCUCAGAUCCUCGGAGACAAAUAUGAGGGCAAUGCCCCAACAACACGAGAUCUGGCCGCUCUCAAGCACCCGGAAGAUGCUGCAGCUGAUCCAGUCGCCCAAGUCCGUUUGUCAUCCGGUCUGACAAAGGAGGAUCUACCACAGUGUCCGAAGUGCAAGGCCAAUAUCCUCCGGCCUGAUGUAGUCUGGUUUGGCGAGCCACUACCUCUCCAGGUUGUGAAUGAGACAGAGGCCCUGUUCGAAGACCCCGAGCCUAUCGAUCUCUGUCUCAAUAUCGGAACCUCCAAUAGGGUCUGGCCGGCAGCUGGAUACGCCGCCAUGGCCCGCGACAAGGGUGCAAGGGUGGCAUAUAUCAACACCCGCGCUGAAGAUGCCAAGAGUGUCGUCCCAGGCAGAGAUUGGAUCUUUGUGAGUGAUGCGGCGGUUGUUUUGCCUGAACUUCUCAAGCCUAUCAUUGGAGAAUCACGGGAGUGGGAUGGCAAGACGGCUUGA